AUGCUCCAGCACCCCCGGGGCGUCGUCCGCGACACUUUAAAGAAGCACAAGCGGCUCCCGCCCUCCGCCCAAUCCCCUAACAUUCCUACCGUGAUCUCCAGCAUUACCUCCUACCUCCCCUACAUCCUUGCCGUCGACUACGGCCUCCGGCCCGACUCCACCGCCAUUUGCAUUGAAGCUGGGCCCACCGAGCUUGCCAUCGAAUGGCGGCCCACUCUCACAGACGCCUCCAUCCCCGGCCGCGAGGCCCCUAGAGUCAAGAUCCGGUCCUUGGACCAGGAAGUCUCCUUCGUGCUCUUGACCCUCGCCAACGCCCACACCCUCCUCGCUCGGGCCGCCCUGCACCCGCUGUACCUCACCACCUCUGCCAACGUGGGGACCACGGAGCGCACAGCGGCCAUCAAGCCGCCACGAGGUCGCUCCUGGACGCGGCUUCCCCCCUCCACUAUUCGCGGCCUUGGUGCCCUUGCUCUCGCCGAGGCCACUCUCCUUGCCGUGCUCAAGGACGACCCUUACCCGGCCAUCGUCUCCAAGGACCGGAACGAGAACGACAAGGAGUGGAUGUACAAGGCUCCCGACAUCCCCAAGGUCCGCGCUCACCUCUUUGCUCGCCUGUGCCUUGCCGCCGCCGAGCAUUCCGCCCGCGCUGCUGCCCAACUCAACACUCGCGCCAAGGCCUGCCGAUUCUUUGCCGUUGACGCCGAUCUUGGUAGCCAGACCGGUACAGCCAUCGCCUGGCUCAACGCUGGUCUGCAGGAGCUCGGUGUUGAGCCCAAGGAUGACAAGAGGAGCUUCGGCUUGAGCAAGCUGAAGCGAGAAUGGAGCGACAAGAGGGAGGAUAAAAGGGUAGAGAGGGAGACUCACUGGGGCGCUGAUGCUGGGAGGUUAGAGGAAACAAGGGUCAUCAACAUGCUCUCCGAGAAAUGGAACAAGAUGAACGACACGAUGCCCACCGGUCGCGAGAUCCACACCGUCCCACCAUUCCAGCCCCCAACCCUCGAUAGAGCCGGCCUCGAGGCUAUGCGCGCCCCACCCACCGCCCAAACCGACGAGUUCGACGGCGACAUGCCCAGCUCCGACGACGAGUCGGCCCAGACCCUCGUAGGCGCGUAUCCCGAAUCCUCUGCGACGCCAGGGAGAUCAGGGAGCGCUAGCGUUGGGUACUACUAA